AUGCCUGUUCCCGUGGGCGGCGGCAUGUCCGGUCCUUCGACCAUUGACAAGCUCAAGAUGGGCGCCAUGAUGGGUGGCUCCGUCGGCCUCAUCAUUGGCUUCAUCUUCGGAGCAACCAACAUCAUCAGAUUCGGCCCGGGCCCCAAUGGCAUGAUGAGGACCCUCGGCCAGUAUAUGCUGGGCUCUGCGGCAACCUUUGGCUUCUUCAUGUCCAUCGGAACCACCAUCCGCACCGACAGCGAACGCCAGGCCACCGAGGCCUUUGCCCGUGCCCACAGACAGCCCAUCAUCUUGCCGCGAUACACCCGUGUCCAGCAGGAGAUCAUCGACCGAAAGGCUUGA